UUUACGCACGGGGCUGAAGUGGAGUGGGUCAGAACGAGGACAUUUCUUCGGGUAAGAGGAGUGAUUAGGCUAUAGCAGUUUCUGAUAACUUUCACAUAGUGUGCUCAGAACUUAGAGACACUUCAUUUCAAAGUUCAUCAUUGGACAGAAUGACCACCACUUUGGAGAAAUCUAAAAACUUUCGUAUUGAUGCGCUACUGGCGCUCGACGCGGAGCAGAGAGCGGACAGCGACGGUGCGUCCCCGGGGUUAUAUUACAGUAGAAGCCCCGGCGGCAGUCCGGUGUCAAACCGCGGAUCAGAGACGCAUUCCCCUCAUCCAAACACAACAAACUCCUCUCCAGCCCAGCCGAGAGUCCUAGCCUCCAAAUCCCAGCUCUUCAGCUUGUCCCAGUCAGGAUUUACUGCUCUCCACCAAGGGGGUCUCCUCGGAAUGCACCCGGGCUGCAUGUACCCUCUGGCGGGCCUCGGAGGCCAGCAUCCCGCCUUCAUAUACCCCGGUUUCACGCAGCUGGUCCAUCCGUACCUGGAGCAGCUGAAGGGGGCCGCGACGCUCCCGCUGGAGCCUUGGAUCAGAGCCGGGAUGAUGACACCCAGAUUAGGAGAAUAUGGAGUCCCGGCCCAAGCAAGUUUGUUGGGGAAGUGUCGGAGGCCCAGGACAGCUUUCACCAGCCAGCAGCUGCUGGAAUUAGAAAACCAGUUCAAACUCAACAAGUACCUGUCCAGGCCUAAACGCUUUGAGGUGGCCACUUCACUCAUGCUGACUGAGACUCAGGUUAAAAUCUGGUUCCAGAACAGACGUAUGAAGUGGAAGAGAAGUCGUAAAGCCAAGGAGCAAGCAACACCACUGACUAACACAGAAAGAGCAGGAAUGGAUAUUAACGGUGUCAAGCCUCAGAGUGAUUCACACAGCUCGAGCCUGGAGGAUGAAGAAGAAGAGAUAGAGGGGGAUGAUGAGGACGAUAAAGAGGAGCUAGAGAUGCUGAGGGUAGGUUCUAUAGGCUUCGUGAGGCAUGCUGGAGGAGGAACAGGGAACUACAGCUCUUACUCAGAGGAGGAGGGGGGUCCGAGAACAAGAAGUGCGGUUUUCCCAUAGUUAAAAAGUUCAGCAUGCUUUUAUUGUACGUCUUUUUUAUGUUUAUUACCCUUGAGAAGACAUUACACAGUGCAAUAAGGUGCACUAACACGGUGGCAUGAAGAGGAUCAUUCAUUUUCACAGCCCAACCUGUGCCUUGAGCUCGUAAAUUAACAAAAGGGUAUGUCGACAUCUGCAUGUUGGGCUGCAUAUGAAAUCACAUCACACCAGAAUAAUGCCAUCUUUAUGUACCAGGACAUUUGAUGGUUUAAUGGUCAUUAAUCCAUCUGAGUAUGACUUCAGAAUCAACAAUUAAUUUUGACUUAUUAUGGGCAUUUUUGUGCAUGAUUUACUUGUGAUUUAAACCGUACAAACACACUGAGAGCCUAUGUUAUCUGCAAUGAACCUGUGUAUCUAUGAAUGUACAUAAACUGAAAGGGGAGUUAUAGCACUUUCAUGGGAAGGACAAAGAGACAGAAUAAUUAACUCUGAGAGUCAUGUUGUCAAGAAUAUCAAUGUUACAUUGUCAUCAGUGCAUCACAGUCUGUUACAAAUGCUUGACAAAUAUUCCACCAAUAUUUGAAAUGGAUUCAUAGUCACCAGGCUGAGGUUUAAGGGCAUUAGGUGUGGCAAGGAAAAUGCUAUUAUGAUUAAUAUACUUAUUUGACUAUAUGGUUAUGAAUUUUUGUUGUACAAUAUUCAGCUAUUUGUUUUGUAUUAUCUUCUUGAAACUGCAUGUUAUAUUUAAUUAAAGCCACACGCGCAAAGAGGUGUCUGCAUGCACUGUAAGGUAAUUUGAAUGUACUGUUAAUAUGGCAUUUUUCCCUGUAUUUUGUAAACUGCUCUGAUAAUAAGCAUGUUAUGUUGUCAGCAUAAUUUAAUAUCAUAGAAUUUAAUAUAUUUUACUUUUAAAGCAGUGUUGUUGUUUUUGGA